GUUACCUUGACGCAUAGGUUUGCAGCCCUGUAUGCCAUUAUGUUCCUUUUGGCAACGCUACCUUAGCCGACACCGCUUGGUUCACACUUCAACCUUUAUCCUAAACAGUUACUCAUAAACAAUGUCAUCAUUGUUUGGGAAUCUGUUCGGGGGUGAAAACGGGUCUGGUGGCAUUUUUAGCCCAAGCAGCAAGUUCAAGGCUGCGGAGCAACCCGCGCCUGCGCAAGUGGUUGAGCCGAGCAAUGCGGUGAAGUCCGAGAAGCAGGGAAAGCAGCGCAAGGAAAAAGCUGCUGGCGAUGCAGCCGCCGACGAGCAUGGGAACACUGCCGCAGCCAAGACAAGGCCCAGCAAGGUGAAUGACGUCAAGAAGGCUUCUGGAAACGCCACUGCAGCGGAUUCUGGUCAUGGCAAGAAGCCACGCCCAGACUUGCAGCCUGCCGAAGCAAAGAGCGAUGCCCCUGGCAAAGGCAAGAAGGGCAAGCGCGUAGCAGCAGCGGACGGAGCCGCCCAGGCACCAUUAACGGAGGCCGCUCCCGAGGCCACCCGGCCAGGGAAAAAGCAGAAGUCCACUGCGCAAGCUGAGCCUGCAAAACCAGGGAAGGCUGCAGCCGCUGCCGCCCGGACAGGUCGCGCCCUGCAAGACUCCCUAGAGGCAUCAGCCCCUGCCGCUACUGCUGCUGCGCCUAAGGCUAAGGGCAAAGCAGCAGUGGCACCCAAGAAGGCAGCCGCUGCAGGAGCCGCAGCUGCCAAGGAGGCGGCUAAGAAGCCCGCGAAGCGCAAGGCUCCGGAACCGCCCAAGCCCGCAAGCGAUGAUGAUGAUGAGGAGCACGCUGACCUUGAUAGCGACGGCAGCGACAGCCAGGAUGAGGACCAAGGGGAUGCCGCUGCUGCCGCCGCUGGUGAUGAGGAUGAGGAGGAUGCCAGCGGGGAUGAGGAGGACGGCAGCGAUGCGGGUGACCUAGGCAGCGAGGACGAGGAGGCCGCUGACACAGACGCCGCCACCGCAGCACCCGCAGCGGGCAGCGAGCCGCCAGCUAAGAAGCGGCGGCUGAGUCCCGAGGAGGAGGCGGCCAAGCUGGCUCGCACCAUCUUUGUUGGCAACCUGCCAGCCUCGAUGGCAACUGGGCGCACCAAGCAGAUCAGGCGGCAGUUUGAGGGGUUCGGAGAGGUGGAGUCGGUGCGGGUGCGGGCGGUGCCGGUGAAGAUGGACGCCAAGAUGCCCCGCCGCAAUGCCAUCCUCUCCGGCAACGUGGACUCCGAGCGCGGCGCCCCCUGCACCGCCUACGUGGUGUUCCGCGAGCCGGCUGCCGCGCGCGCCGCCCUGGGCGCCAACAUGCAGCUGGUGGAGGGACACCACAUCCGCGUGGACAUGGCGGCGCCGCCCAAGAACAAGAAGGACGCCGGUGCUGCUGCGGGUGCGGGCGCGGCUGCUAAGAAGAAGGAGGAUGAGGCGGGCAGCAUGUUUGACCCCGCUCGCAGCGUGUUUGUGGGAAACUUGAGCUUCCAGACGAGCGAUGAGGAGCUGAUUGGUUUCAUGCUGGGCCACGCGAGGAGCCACCCCGAGCUGGCGGAUGCGGUGGAGGCGGUGCGGGUGGUGCGGGACCGCGAGACCAGCGUGGGCAAGGGUUUCGCCUUUGUUCUGUUCAAGACCAAGGCGGCAGUCCACGCCGCCCUCAACCUUAACGGCAAGCCGCUGCAGAAGCGCCCGCUGCGCAUCAUAAAAUCCAGCCGCUACGCCGCGGCUGGCGGCGGCAGCGCCGCUAGCGGUCGCGGCGGCCGGGGAGCUGGCCGCGGCGGCGGCAUUGCCGGGCGGGGCGCCGGCCGCAGCGGCAGCCGUGGUGCCGUGGCUUCCGACCCCUCCAGCUGGCAGGGUGCCAAGACGCAGGGCAAGGUCAAGGCGCUAAGAGGACCCAAGCCCGCUAGGGUCGGUAAGGCGGCGCCGGGUGGAGCCCCCGGCAGCGGCGAGGCGCCGGCGAGCCGGUCGCGGCCAGAGAAGCGGCCUGCGGUGGCUGCGCGCAAGGCGGCUGCGGCGACAGGGGUUGUUGGAGGCGUGGUGAAGAGGGAGAGCGCUAGGGCAGCUGCGGCGGCACCGGGGGCGAGGAGGGAGUGGAGUGAGG